AAUUUUAUUUCCGUAUCUCUGGAUCUUUCGUUCGAACAAUUUCAUUUAUCAUUUUUCGACCGAAAAUGAUGCAGUUAUUCAUCUUGGGAUUAUGUUACGUUAUUCAUCUAACAGGUGUGUUGGGAAAUUGUCCUCUGGUGCAACCACCAGAAUGGGGUGCGGUACGAGAAAGGGUCCUCGAAGACGGUACUCUACAGACCGUAUAUUCCUGCGAGGAAGGUCGCAGACUAAGAGGACACAAGGUAGCCACUUGUACGUUGAACGGUUGGGAUCAUCCCGUACCCAAGUGCGUACUUUUAGAAAACAAGUGGCAACAUUUUCGUAACGAUCUAUACAUGGGUGAUGAGCCAAGUAGAAAUUUGAGAAGCGAUACAACGAGAAAGCAACGAGUACAGGCACGUAAGAGGUUAGGCGAGUUGAAGAGGCGUAGGAAAACGAAGGAUAAGAGGAAACAAGUGCCAGAGAAGUCUCUAUUGGGAGUAAACCCUAUGGUGUCGGAUGUCGGUGGCUUGAACGAAACUUUGAUGUCAAGAUUGGAUCUAAGUUGUCUCAUGAAGGCUCGCAGAAAGGUUCUUAUCAAAGCACCCUCGGUCGUUAAUGCUCAACCUCCGAGAUAUGCUAGAAGAACAAAUGCUUUGCCACCAUUCAAUCGAUACUUCGUAGCAGUUUACGAAUGUUUGGAGGAAUUCGUUUUUGAGGAUUCAAUGGCUGAUAGACUUUUUUGUAGCGAAUCAACUUGGCUUGGUCGUGUUCCGAAAUGUGUGAAAAAAGAAGAAACGAUAAUCGAUAACGUGGUACGUUGCGAUCAGGAGAGGGGUGGUUGCGAACACGUAUGCGAAGAUACACCUAUUGGUCCAAAGUGUUCCUGUUUCGAUGGUUUUCGAAUCAAUGGUACCACCUCUUGCAUAGACGUAGAUGAAUGUUCAGAAGGUCUGGUCAAGUGUUCAGAUUUGUGUCUGAAUGAUCCUGGUUCAUAUCACUGUGAAUGUCAUUCUGGAUUUCAGCUGUCAUCCGAUGGACAUACUUGUCAAGAUGUUAAUGAGUGUCUACCGAACAACGGACGUGGCCCUUGUCAAGGUACCUGUCGCAAUCUCGAAGGUAGCUACGAGUGCAGUUGCACGGAUAUUCCUGGAUUUAAAUUGGCAUCGGACAACCAUACUUGCGAGGACAUCGAUGAGUGUGCGAAUAACAACGGUGGUUGUUCUCACGUUUGUUUGAACACACCGGGAAGUGUAUUUUGCCUAUGCCCUGAUGGUUUUUAUUUGACCAAUGAUUUGAAGACUUGUGAAGAUGUAAACGAGUGCGAAAAUGUUUCCAAAGUUUGCCCAGAAGACACUAAUUGCGAAAAUACGAUUGGUUCUUACAAAUGUAUCAAUAAACCCAAAAAAAUGACUAAAGUAUUGCAAGACGAGGAUUAUGACACCGAAGAUGAUGAUGACGAUGACUAUGACGAGAGUUUAACCGAAUUACCUGAAAUAGGUAAAUGUGAGGAUGGUUAUAGGAAAGAUGAUAAUGGAAAUUGCAUUGAUAUAAACGAGUGUGUAGAAGGUAUUGAUGGUGAGACACAUGGUUGCGAACAUGAAUGUAGAAACGAGGAAGGUAGUUUUCAUUGCACUUGUCGAGUUGGUUAUCAAUUGGAUGAAGACGAGGUGUCUUGCAAAGAUAUAAACGAAUGUAAAAAAUCACCACCACCGUGUACUCACAAUUGUACCAAUAUCGAUGGAUCUUUUAUCUGUUCUUGUCCAAUGGGAUUUGUAUUGAAAGAAGACAAUGUCACGUGUUUAGAAGAUAGAACCUGUUCUUCUAUGAAUCCUACUUGUUCACAGGAUUGUCAAGAUACUAUGGACGAUAGUGGUCCUAAAUGUAUUUGUUAUCCUGGAUAUCAGUUGUUAGAUGAUAACAUAACUUGCAUUGAUAUUGACGAAUGUAUGGAAGACAUAUCACCUUGUUCACAUUUCUGCGUUAAUUUAAAUGGCAGUUUUGUAUGUAAGUGUCCAAGUGGUUUGGUUUUAUCUGAUCAUGACAAGUUCAAUUGCACGGAUAUUGACGAGUGUAAAGAAACGGAUCACGGAUGCGAACAUGAGUGUAUUAACAUACAUGGAAGUUACGAGUGUGUUUGUCAGGAUGGUUUUGUUCUUGGUGAUGAUCGAAAAAGUUGCAUUGACGUGGACGAGUGUAAUACCAUAGAUUUAAAUCGUUGUUCACACAAUUGUACCAACGUUUUGGGAAGUUAUCUUUGUACAUGUCCAAGAGGUUACGAAUUGAUAAAUGAAUUUGAUUGCAAGGAUGUGAACGAGUGUGACAAAGGAAUUCAUAGUUGUUCUCAUGAUUGCAUUAACGUGGAAGGUGAUUACGAGUGUAUUUGUCCUAAAGGAUUUAAACUCGACGAUGACAGACAAUGUCAAGACGUUAACGAGUGUUUGGAAAAUCUUCACGAUUGUUCACACGAAUGUAGAAAUACCGAAGGUUCAUACGAAUGUGUUUGUCCACCUGGAAUGUUUUACAACGUAACCAAAAAUCUUUGCAUAUCUUCUACGAAUAUCUGUGACAACGAUAACACUGGUUGUUCUCAUUCGUGUGAAAUAUACGGUGAUACUUACAGAUGUGUUUGUCACGAAGGUUAUUUGUUGCAAGACGAUGGAAAAACGUGUUUGGAUAUGGACGAGUGUCAAGAGGAAGAACACGAUUGUUCUCACGAAUGUGUAAAUACACUUGGUAGUUAUAGAUGUACUUGUCCACCUGGUUUAGAACUAAUCGAAGAUGGUUUAACGUGUAAAGAUGAAAAAUGUGAGAAUGGUUUUCGAAGAGAUAGCAAUAACGUUUGUCAAGAUAUCGACGAGUGUGAAGAAGAGGAUCACGAUUGUUCACACUUGUGUAUCAACGUUUAUGGUUCUUAUCAAUGUUCAUGUCCAAUCGGUUGGAUUUUAAGCGAAGAUCGUUUAACUUGUAUCGAAUCCAAUCCAUGUUUGAAUGCUACUUGUUCGCACGUGUGUUUACCACAAGGUUCAACCUUCAAAUGUGAAUGUCCCGUUGGAUAUGAAAUCGAUGAAAGUGGUAUGAACUGUAAAGACUUGGAUGAGUGUGCGAACGAUAAAAGAAAUAACUGUAGUCAUAGUUGCAAAAACUUGGAGGGUUCGUAUGAGUGUCAUUGUCCUGAAGGAUACGAACUCGACCAGGACAAUGGCACUUGUAUCGAUGUGAACGAAUGCGAGAACGGUGAACACGAUUGCGAGUACGACUUAUGCAUAAAUCUCGAGGGAAGCUAUAAUUGCACUUGUCCAGAGGGUUACUUUUAUUCCGAAGUUGAACGCAUUUGCAAGGAUAUAGACGAGUGUUUGAGGAAUAACGAAUACAAAAUACACAAUUGUUCUCACGAAUGCGUAAAUACUAUUGGUACGUACAAAUGUAGUUGUCCUAUCGGUUGGAAACUCAAGGAAGACGAACGUACGUGCAAGAUCAAUGACCCUUGCGCGAGUGAUCAUGGUUGUUCUCAUACGUGCGAACAAGAGAAUGGAGAGAUUCGAUGUGGUUGCCCUGAAGGAUUCGAUAUUUCAGAGGAUGGGAAAACCUGUCGGGAGAUAGACGAAUGUUUGGAAGGGUUUCAUGCAUGUUCCCAUAUUUGUAAAAACGUCGAGGGUGCAUAUUACUGUGAGUGUCCAACCGGAUACAAAUUAUCGACCGACGAAAGGACAUGCGUUGAUAUAGACGAAUGUUACCUGGAAACGAAAAUAUGUUCGCAAUACUGCAACAACACCGAAGGCAGUUUUCACUGUACCUGUCUAGAUGGAUAUGAAUUAUCUGAAGAUCAACGGACUUGCAAGGACAUAAACGAGUGUACGAGGAAUCUUCACAAUUGUUCGCAUGAGUGUGAGAAUCUCUCAGGUAGCUAUACAUGUCAUUGUCCGGAAUAUUUUACCUUGGACGUGGAUAAAAGUACUUGCAUCGAUUUGGACGAAUGCUCCGGGAAUAACAAUUGCACUCAUAUUUGCGUAAAUAUUCGUAAUGGUUACAAGUGCGAAUGUCCCGAUGGUUUCAGAUUGGAACUGGACAAUUGGUCGUGUACAAAAAUCGACCACUGUGAAACGCAUCAUGAUUGUUCUCAUGAAUGUAUCAACGAAUCGAACGGUUACAAGUGCGGCUGUCCCGUGGGAUACGCAUUGUCAAUGGAUAAUAAAACUUGCGAGGACGUUAACGAGUGUUUGGAAACUAACAACGAGAUUAGUGAGCCUUGCUCGCACGAUUGCGUUAACACGAUUGGUAGUUACGAGUGUCGUUGUCCUAAAGGAUAUCAAAUUGGUAAAGAUAAGAAAACUUGUGAGGAUUUGAACGAGUGUAUUGAAGAAAACGGUGGUUGUUCGCAUUUUUGCGCAAACACGGAAGGUAACUACGAGUGCGCUUGUCCCGACAACUACAAACUACUCGAGGACGAUGGAAAAACUUGCGUUGAGAUAGACGAGUGUUUGAUCGACAACGGUGGAUGCUCUCACUUUUGUCAAUACGAGAACGGAAACGUGUCCUGUUCUUGUCCCGAAGGAUUCGUCCUGGACGACGAGGAGAAUAAAUUUUGCAUGCACGAGGACAAAUGUCUGAUAGAGAACGGCGGUUGUUCCGACAUUUGUUAUUCUCUAAACGGUACAGUUACGUGUGAUUGUUCCUCGGGAUUUCGUUUGUCUAUCAAUGACAACGCAACUUGUUUAGACAUAGACGAGUGUUUGGAAAUUAAGGAUAACUGUACUCAAAAGUGCAUUAACAUAGAAGGUGGAUUUAAGUGCGAGUGUUACGAGGGUUAUCAAGUUAAUCCCGAUGAAUUAAGUUUAUGCGACGACAUAGACGAGUGUCAGGAAGAAAAUGGCAACUGUACGCAUUCCUGUUACAACACGGUUGGUUCUUAUCGAUGCGAUUGUCCAACAGGUUACGAUCUUCAUUCGGAUAAUAGGACGUGCGUUUUGAUCGAUGGUUGCAAACGUGACAAUGGAAAUUGUUCCCAUCAUUGUUACCAUGACGAGAAUACCGGGAAGACUCGAUGCUCAUGCCCAUUGGGAUUUAGAUUGAAACAUGAUCAACAUAUUUGCGAGGAUAUAGACGAAUGCGAGGAGUUAGAGAAUGACGUUGAUACGGGUUGUUCUCAUGAUUGUGUUAAUACAGAAGGUGGAUACCAUUGCGAAUGUCCAACCGGUUAUAUUCUCAUGCCCCAGGACAAGAAGAGUUGUGUCGACGUUAAUGAGUGCCUUACAACCAUGCACAAUUGCACCCACGAUUGUUUGAACCUUCUUGGUAGUUACAUAUGCACGUGUUACGAAGGACACUAUUUGCAUAGUGACAAAUCAUCUUGUUUGGAUAUCGAUGAGUGUCUCGAAUCGAACGGUGGUUGUUCAGAUACCUGUACCAAUACAAUAGGUGGUCAUUUUUGCAGUUGUCCCGACGGUUACGAACUCGGUCAGGAUGAGAAAAAUUGCGUGGACGUUAACGAAUGCGAUAAGGGAAUUGCCAAUUGUCCGGAUGCAUGUAUCAAUACUCCUGGAUCGUUUAAAUGUCAGUGCCCGGAUGGUCAUAUUCUUGCUAAUGAUUCUCGAAGUUGCAUAGACGUUGACGAAUGUCAAAUAUCAAACGGUGGUUGUACACACGCUUGUUUCAACAUAAUCGGCGGUGUACGUUGCAGUUGUCCAGUUGGUUUACGUUUACACGACGAUGGAAAAACUUGUCUCGAUAUAGAUGAAUGUAAUAUCGAUAAUGGCGGUUGUUCGGACAUUUGCGUUAAUCUCGAAGGAAGUUUUUCUUGUCGUUGUCCAGAUGGUCAUCAUCUAGAUGAAAAUAAUUUGAAAACUUGUAUAGACAUUAACGAAUGUGAAAUAGAAAAUGGUUCUUGUUCGGAUAUUUGUGUAAAUGUCAUAGGUAGUUACAAGUGCGAGUGUCUUAGUGGUUAUCGAUUAUCCGAUGAUGAUAAAACUUGCGUUGACGUUAACGAGUGCGAAGAGGAUAACGGUGGAUGUUCUCACGCUUGCAUCAAUAAACCAGGAUCUUUCCUUUGCGAUUGUCCCAGAGGAUACGAGAUCAUGAAUAAGACCUGCCAUCACUCAAAUCCUUGCACGAUCAAUAAUGGUGGUUGCGAACAGAUAUGCAAUGACGAUGCUGGUACGGUUAUAUGCACUUGCAAGGAGGGAUUUCAGUAUGACAAGUCUAACAGCUCGAUGUGUCACGAUGUGGAUGAAUGCUGUGGUCGGCACGGAUGUGAGCAUACUUGCAUUAACACUAUUGGAUCUUACACGUGUGCAUGUUGGGAAGGUUAUCAAAUGCAGAAUUCUACUACUUGCAUAGAUAUCGACGAGUGUGCAUCGGGAAUUUGUAAGACAGGUAGAUGCGUCAAUACAUUGGGCAGCUAUCGUUGUGAAUGCGACGAAGGAUAUCGAUCCGAGGAUGACACUUGUGUAGAUAUAAACGAAUGCGAGUGGCGUAACGGUAGAUGCGAACAGGAAUGCAUUAACACUGUGGGAUCCUUCCUGUGCAACUGUCGAUCAGGAUACGAAUUCAAUCACAGGAACAGAAGUCAGUGUCAAGAUGUAAACGAAUGCUUGAACCGGAACGGUGGUUGUAACGGGGAGUGCAUUAACACGCUAGGAAGUUACUAUUGUACGUGCAACGGCGAUUUAGUGUUGUCUUCGGAUGAGAGAACUUGUGUCUCGUCGGAAUCAAAGUGUCCUGCUAUGGAAUUACCUUUGCACGCUGAGAUAAGAUGUCCAGGAUAUUAUUCAGGUGCAAACGAUUAUCCCCAAGGUGCUAGGUGUCACAUCAGAUGUCAACGUGGAUUUAAAUUGGAAGGACCUCACACGAGAUAUUGCGUGACCGGUGGUAGAUGGAACGGAAAAGAACCAGUGUGCCUUCGUGAAUACUCGAUCGUUGAUUCUCGCUAUGAUCUAGACAUGCCAAGGCCGUUUGUGAGAUGCCCACAGGACAUGGAUGUUGAAUUACCCGCAAGGCAAAAUACGAUACGCGUUUCCUUCCCACAACCAAAGUCUAAUAUGAAUUGGUGGAGAUACGUGGAUGCUUCACCUUCAUGGGCAAAACAAUUACAAGCCGAUCUUCCGUCAGGUACAACCGUUGUCACUUUUACUGCUUGGUCACCUGUAUCCAAUUUUACGAGCACCUGUAGAAUCGUUAUACGUGUUCGAGACACUGAGAAUCCUAAAGUCUCGACCUGCCCAACAUCCUUUGAGGUACGUUUAAGUCCAGGUGAACCAAAUCGUUUGAUAUUCUGGCAGGAACCGACAUUCACUGACAACGUUGGAGUUGAACGAAUUUACAAAACAAGAGAACCAGGACAACUGAUGUAUCCCGGUGUACACAACGUACGAUAUAUCGCAUCCGAUGCUGCGGGAAAUCAAGCUGAAUGCCAUUUCUCCGUACACGUUAGAGAAUCCGAUCAACGACAGGAUGCUGAGCCAAGAGUAUACCGUAGAAAAAUGUUGAUGUGUCCCGGAAGACCACCACAACCUAUGCCAACUUCCACUUAUGGGGUGAGUCCAGAAUUUCAUAUCGAAUUUUUUGGCAGAUACCAAGUGGUUGUUAUCUGAGAUACACAAGGAUCUUCUCAGGGGCGUAUGCUGUUCAGCGUGCUUAUCGGGAACAUCGGCAGAACGGUUAUCAAGACGCGAGGGCAGCUUAUCAUGAGAUCCAUCCCGUUCAGAGGAACCAACCACGACCUCCUCCACCUCUUUCACGGGUUUCCUCCACGAUGGCCUAUCCUAUUGGAGAUUGAUAAAUCAAGAAGAAGAAACCAAACAACUACCAACACCAAAACCAAUGGAAAUAACGAGAAAUGGAAUAAGAUAAUUCGUAGAAGACUAGGAAUAGUAAAAUCGAAUACUGCUGAAUCGAAUAUAUAUGAAAAUGAUGAUAACCAUCAUCAUCAUGAUGAAACUGUACGUAGUUUUCGUAAUUCGGACGAACGUAUACGAAGACGAGCUGUGGUGAUGCAUUAUCCUGCACCAAUACCAAUAAUCAAUUCAAGUUCAAGCUCGGAUUACGAUCUUCGAUUUACCAGUUCAAAUCGUAGAACGGUAUCUACGCCAAAUCUUUGUUCAAAUAGUACUGAAAAAGAUGAAGUACCAGUUGAAAGAUCAUCAUCAUUCGUUGUAACCAAUUCUGAAGUACCAAUAAUCGAUAUAUCGACUUUUAAUUACAACGCGUACAGACACAAAUUAAUAGAAGCUAAUUUGAAGAAACAUUAUAAAAAUAAUCAACCACCAGGUGACGUUAUAUUUAAUUCGAUACAUUUAAAUACCAUCGAUUCAACAUUGGGUAUAAAAUUAAACGAACAAUAUGAACACAGUUUUUUCGAUUUUGUCGAAGAAUAUUAUGACGCGACAAUUGGCAUGAGUAAAAAGGAAAUGGAAUUUUUACAUCCGUUGGAUCAUUUUCUUGUUAAGGGUUUACGACAAAGGGAAACUUAUGAGAAAGGUACGGAAACGUUGAAUCUUUCUGACAAAAAUACGAUAGAUUCUGGAGUAGUUAAGGAUGAUAAUAUCGAUAAGAAGAUGAUAUCGAUUAAUCGAAAGGUCUUAGAUAAGAAUGGAAAUAUUUCAAGAACGUCUAAGGUCAAGAAUUUGUCGAGUAGUUUAUCAAAGAGAAGAAAAGAAAAUUCUGCUAGUGUGAGUAAAGAUGGGGAUGAAAGAAAAGAAGAAAACGAAUCACCCACACCUACACCAAUACCUACACCACUAACAACGCCAGGAUCGAUAGAAUCGAGAAAGGACUCGAAGAAGAUGAAGAAGAAGAAGAAGAACGUUGAAGAUAGAAAAGGUGAAAGAGUAGUUGGUAGAAGUAGUCUUCUUGAUUCAAACACAAUUCCUACUAAAAUAGUGACAAAUUCGAACGUCGAUCAAGUACAAACAAGAAAGUACCAUUCAACUUGUAAGCCUGUUAACGUGAACGAUACAACAAACUCACCUAGUAAGAGUAAAUUGCUAUCGUCUAUCGUCAAAGCCGAUAAGGACUCUAUUAACCUAAGUUCCUUAAGUUCCAGCGAGUUUGGUAGUACUCGUGAAGUUAUUUCGAAUCACUCGCGUGAUUCCUCAUCAAUACGUUCACCAUCAUCAGCUAUCAAAGGUCAAACACGAAAAUUUCAACCAUGGAUUACUGGAAAUAAUUCUGUAUCGUUUAAUAGAAAAUAUGGAAACAAUGAAAGUUUCAAAGGUUUAAAGGAUUAUACUGUUAAAGGAAAAGGUUGUUCGAUACCAGUUGAAAUUUGUUCGGAUUUUAUCGAAUCUGAGUCAUUCACUUUGGAAACACCAAUAGCAACCUCGACCUUGCCUUCUAGCAAUUCCUCAAGACUACUUCCCAAGUUACUCGGUGGUGGUUCCUUUGAAAACGAUGAUUCCAUGAAAUUCACCAAUUUAUCGAAUAAAAAUGUUGAAAAUGUUGAAUUUUCUCAUGGAAAUAAAUCAGAUCGUUUCUCUGUUACAAAGACAGAUGAUACUUCUUCACCAUCGGUUAUUCUUCAAUCUAGGGACACUUUAGUGUUGGAUAAGAACGAUUCGCGAAUUGAGAAACAUCGUACGUAUGAAAAGAAAUUAGAUAAAUUAUCUGAACUACGAUCUAAAGACCGACAACGAGUAAACUAUUUGGAUCAUAAGCAACAGCUGUUGCACCAACUUCAACAGCAACAUCAGCAACACCAGCAGCAUCAGCAACAACAACAGCAACAACAACAACAAGAGGAGGAUGUGGAACGUUCGACGAGGAACGGUCAUUUUGCAUCAUUUCCUCAUUAUGCAAGAGCUCGUGUCGAUACUAGAAUAUUUCCACGACGUAGAUGUUGCAACACGGGCCGUACAACGUUCGAGGACGGUACGGAAACCGCGACCCCGAGGAACCCGACGCACUAUGGAACAAGAAAAGAUGAAAUGCUCAAACAAAACAACGAUAUACCUCAGGUGGUAUACCCUACACAGGGAGAAUCCACGCUAUAUUCCGAUCGGAUGAAAGAUCCGGUAGCCCAUAGCAGUGGCGAGGAUUCAGAGGGCCGCAGUAAGUGCAAAACUUCGACGUCGACUACGACGAUAAAAAAGACAGAUAGGAAAGACGAAACAGCGGGAUGGGUACUCCUAAACCCGCAGAAACGGGACAGAAUGGUGAGCGUAUCGAGCGUAGGUAGCGCAUCGAGCCUCACCUCUAUCACCGACAACGACGACAGACAAACGAGACCAAAAACGAGACUGGCAAGACAAUUAAGAUUGGACGUUACAGUACUAAAAGAACGAGAUAUGGCAGAACUGCUGACGAUUAUAUAA